UUAGUUGACGGCAAAAUGUUGGGACUGACAAUUGUGGUACUUUUGAGUGUCUUUGUUGGAUUACUGGACGCUGAUCCGGAUCCUGAUUGCUUUAGGAAUCGCCCAACUGUUACUCCGAUGGAAUGUUGCACUUUGCCGGACAUUCUGGAUGUGGACAAACUUCAGGAGUGCAGAGAUGAGUUCAAUGCCAGCAGUAAUGAGAUAGAUACGCAGCUUCCGAAGUCUGAGGGCAGAUCUAGAGAUCACCAUCGUGGGCACGGAGGUCAUCACAGAUGCUGGCACUGCUACACAUGCUCGUAUGAGUGUGUCUUCAAUGGCACUGGAUUGAUGGUUGAUGGACAAUUGGAGGCCGAGAAGGCUCUUGAAUAUUUCAUUGAGGCGGCAGCAACAUCUGAUCCUAGAUGGACUAGAGAAGUAAUUGAGGAUGCUUUCAGUGCGUGCAAUGACAAAGUAAAGAUCAUGAGGGAAAAAUUCGCGAAGAGAGCAGCCAGAAGACCUCCUCAUGCUGACGAUGAUCCCGAAUGCAGUCCAAUUCCGCAGCACUUGAUCCGCUGCAUCAACGGCCAGUUGUACAGAACGUGUCCGGAUGAUGUCAGAGUGGGCAGCGAGGAGUGCAGUCAUCUUCAGGAGUACCUCAAUCGAUGCCACGGUCCGCUUGAGUGGAAGAAAGUCAGUAAGCCCGUGGUCGAAGACUAGAUUAAGCGGAGACACGGGAAUUCCCGACGAGAAUUUCACCGAUUUCACCUGUUGAGCGCACACAAGAGCCUUGCGAACUCAUUAAAAUUUAUGCCCCUAUCCUAAACACCAACAGUUUGAUCUUUUCCCUCCUUUGCUGUCUUCUGCAUCAAUUUCGUACACUUUCCUUUUGGUGUUAGACGUGUUUGAGGAAGUUUAAUCUCCCAAGAAAUUGUUUAUAAAUCAUCAAGAGAUAAAGUUAUCUUGUGUGCUUUUCUCCACUGGACUUUUAUUUCUUGCGCCCCUCAAACUUUCUCAGCAAAUA